UCUUAACUGGUCGAUUAUUUUCUUACUUAUUGGUUGUUAACUGCUUUGGUGCACUCUUUAGAAUCACUUGAAUUGAUAGAGAAGUAUGCAUGAUUUUACAUAUAAAAUGUCUUUCACUUCUUUUCACUGUUCAGGCACCAGUGAAACACAAGUGUUUGAUGAACAAAGUCCAUCAGAAAAUGAUUACUUGGCCGAGGUAUGUCAAGAAUGGGAAUCAACAGCCUUAAAAGUAAACGGGGAUGUUAGAGUAGCUCUAAUUCGCAUUGGUGUUGUUCUUGGUAAAGAUGGUGGAGCACUAGCUAAAAUGAUACCUCUCUUUAAGAUGUUUGCUGGUGGACCUAUAAGCUCUGGAAAACAAUGGUUUUCCUGGAUUCAUUUGGAUGACAUUGUUAAUUUAAUAUAUGAAGCACUGAUAAAUCCCUCCUAUGAAGGUGAACUCUUAACUCUCAUAUCUCCAAAACGAAAUUUAUUGAAAUUUUGAAAAACCAAAAAUUAGUGGAUAUAGAACAUUGGCUAGCAUAGAUAGUUUGGAUGGUGCAAUUCUCGAUUCUGACUUGUGUGAUUAGAUUACCAUGUUCAUAUAUAUCUUUGCAAGUAUGGCCAGCAUUUAGUAAAGAACAAAGAAGGCAGAGGUGAAUUAAUGAUAUCAGUCAUUGAUAGUUUUGAGUUUGAUUUUUUAAUUUUUAUAAUUGCAAAUGUCAAUAUGAAUAUUUUUCUAAUAAUUACUUUUCUAUAUAAUUAUGCAAGAUAAUGUUGAGGAUGAUAAUGAAGAUUAAACUGAUUAUUAUUGUGGUUUAUUGGCUAUAAGAUAGAGUAGUGUUGGAAAUGGAUACAUGUAUGGUUGACUACUAAUGACUUUUAUUAGAAGAUACUUAUGUAGGA